AUGAGGUUAAGUCACGCUGGGCAUUAUGUUGAGCAACAGCUCGCGCUUAUGCAAACCAUAGGGCAAUCCUAUGAUAAUCUUGUUAAGAAUGGGAUGGAAAGUGUAACCUCUCAAAGAAUUAAUGUACGCCUCUCAGCUCUCAAGGAUAAUUGGGAAAAGUUCUGUGUGAGACAUGACGCAAUUACAUUGGCUGUUAAACAAUUGAAUGAUAGCGAUAAAGAAAGUAUAAUGGGGCAUUCUUAUUUUAAGGACAAUUUAUAUUCCAUCACAAAUGAAAAUUAUUUAGAGUCUGUAGAACGGUUCAAUUCGUUUUUGGAUGCACAAUCAGAUCAUGGAAGCAUUCCGAGAGGCAUUCCGGGAACGUCCUCUUCAAGGAACGUUUCGGAAACAUCUUCCGAUACCGUUGCAUUUAUCAAUCGAUCGCAACUCCCCCGCUACGACAUUCCAAAAUUCAAUGGAAAUCACGCGGACUGGCUGUAUUUCAAGGAUCUCUUUACUAGUUUAGUCAUAAAUAAUUCAUCACUAACUGACAUCGAAAGAUUGCAAUAUUUAAAGACUAGUUUGACGGGAUCGGCAUAUAACUUAUUGAAAAACACCAUGCUUACUGGCGGUAACUUCUCAAAAGAUUGGAAAGCUCUCGUGUCGUUCUAUGAAGAUAAAAGGAUGUUAGUCAAUUCCGCGUUAACAUCAUUAUUCAGUUUAAAGCCAAUGACGAAGCCAACAGCGGGAGAGAUGGAGAAAUUGUUUACUGGCGUAAUGGAGACGUAUCGAACCUUGGAAACACUGGGAAGACCGAUUCAUCACUGGGACGAUAUUCUAAUAUUUAUGAUCAUACAACGACUCGAUUCUGACAUCGUAAACCUGUGGGAUCUACUUCGGGGUCCUACUAACGAACUUCCGACAUGGAAACAGUUUAAAGAGUUCUUCCGAAAUCGACUUAUGAAUCUGAAGGGUCAUGAAUCACGAAAGGGAAAGCUCGUUUCUCAGCUAACUCCAAGUAAUAUUAAGUCUCAUUACCAAGGCAAAAACAAGACCGUCCAUUCAUGUUCGUUUUGCUCCGAAAGUCACUGGUCUGCCAGUUGCCCUCAAUAUACUUCCAAGACGGUUCAACAACGCGUAUCACUUGUACAGAGACACAACUUAUGUUUCAACUGUCUGGGCCCGCAUCGGGCAUCGGCCUGUCGUAUAACGACACGUUGUAAAAAGUGUGCUGGAAAGCAUCAUACCACGCUUUAUCGAGGCAACUUUGAAAACACAAGGUCUAAUGGCAAUUCGGCGAAAUUAGCAGCAGGAAAACCUAACGAACCGACUACGACUAAGCCUGACAACACGGAGACAACUAAAGGACCUCAGGUUUUACACUCUGCGUUUGGAAGUGAAGUCAAUACGCCAUACGUUCUACUGGCAACCGCUCUGGUUACUAUCACGUCCGAGCAUGGAGAUUCAUCAAACGCUCGAAUUUUGAUUGACCAAGGCUCGGAGGUGUCACUAAUUACGGAACAAUUAGUACGACUACGACUACCACGUACUCGAUCUCACGUUCCGCUAAUUGGUAUAGGAGGUGUCGCAUCUAACCGAACUAAAGGUAUGACCUGUUUUAGUAUAAAGCCUCAUUUUAAUUCUUCUUUUCAGUGCUCAAUAUCAGCACAUAUUUUACCGAAGCUCACGUCGACAAUCCCAUCAGUCUCCUUAAAAAAUCACGGUUGGUCACAUUUGGACGGGAUCCAGUUGGCAGAUCCGAAUUAUUUAGUACCCGGUUCAAUUGAUAUUAUUCUAGGAGCCGAUGUCUUUGGUCAAAUCAUUCAGAAUGGUAUACGGAAGGGAUCAAAUAACGCUCCAAUGGCUCAGGCUACAAAACUUGGGUGGAUUAUUUCCGGACCAACGAGCUCUCAAUCAUCACCUGAUAGUUCUCAUAGCUUUCACGUAUCAAUCGAAAGUGAUCUUUUCAGUUUAAUGCAUCGAUUCUGGGAACUUGAUGAAAUAGUUCCUUUCAAGACUUCUUCUCAGCCCACCGACGAACAAGCUUGUGAAGAACAUUUUAAAUCUACUCAUUCUCGAACGGAACAUGGUCGUUAUGUAGUAAGAUUACCCCUCAAGGAGCCUAUCAAUAAAUUGGGAGAUUCUAAAGCCAAAGCCGUUCAAUUGAUCAAGAAGUUGUCAUGCAGACUUUCUUCCAACUCCGAGUUUUCGCGGUUGUAUUGCGGUUUCAUCGACGAGUACGAAAAACUGAAUCACAUGAAGAUUGUUCCAAAAGAUAGACCCGAACCUCCGGUAACUUACUAUCUUCCUCAUCACGGAGUUAUAAGAGAGCAUAGUCUCACUACGCGGUUACGUGUGGUCUUUAACGGAUCGAGUCCAACAACACCCGGGUAUUCACUUAACGAUUUGUUACACGCGGGAGCUAAACUACAAAUUGAUCUGUUUGACGUGUUGAUAUGGUUUAGACUAUUUCGCUAUGUGUUUUCUACGGAUAUAGAGAAAAUGUUCAGGCAGAUUGACGUACAUGAAGAUGACUGGGAUCUCCAACGGAUUCUCUGGAUUGACAACGACGGUCACUUACGCACGUAUCAUCUCACUACAGUAACGUAUGGUUUGGCUUGUGCUCCAUUCUUGGCCCUGCGUGCCUUGCAACAAUUGAUAGAAGAUGAAGGGACAAAGUUCUCGCUUGCUGUUCCUUCGUUAAGCAAAGGAAGGUAUGUCGAUGAUAUCUUCGGAGGUGCGGAUACUCUUGAGCAAACUCAAGAAAUUGUAAGGCAAUUAAACCAACUGUGCAUGGCGGGCGGCUUUAAAUUACAAAAAUGGGUGAGCAAUAAUUUGAGCAUACUCUCCUCUGUCUCCACAGAUGAGCAGAAUAACUCUAAAUUCAUAGAACUUAAGGAUAACUUAGUCGUCCACACAUUAGGACUUGGCUGGCAAUCAUCCACAGAUACCUUUAACUUUAAAUUCACUCUUCCAGCAGAAGGUAUGAUCACGAAACGAACCACCUUAUCUACUAUAGCUAAGCUGUUCGACCCCCUAGGUUUUCUAUCUCCGAUCAUCAUUAUUGGUAAACUCUUAAUUCAAGAAUUAUGGACAAUAAAAUUAGGUUGGGAUGACCCUUUGCCAGACCAUGUUACUGGUAAAUGGACUACAUUUGUCAGAUCUCUUCAGGAUGCGCCAAUAUUUACUCCCCCACGAUGGAUAGGGUGUUCUAACGAUCGCCAAGUGGAGAUUCAUGGAUUUUGUGACGCGUCACAGCAAGCCAUGGCAGCUGUUGUGUAUCUCCGGACAACGUACGAUGAGGAGACAGUAAACAUCAGUUUUGUGGCCUCAAAAACCAAGGUCGCUCCAUUGAAAAGGUUAACGGUCCCUCGAUUAGAAUUAUCAGGCGCAGUUUUAUUAACUAAAUUGGUCUCCCACUUGUUACACGUGUUGGAAUGGAAGAAUUUACGCAUAAUAUUAUGGACCGACUCAACUAUCACACAUACGUGGCUGAACAGCCACCCUUCUCGAUGGAAGGAUUUUGUCUAUAACAGAGUCUGCCAUAUCCAAGAAACAUUACCACAGGCUGAGUGGAGGUUCGUGCCAGGAACGGACAAUCCCGCCGAUCUUGCUACACGAGGUUUAACAUCCUCACAGCUGUCGGAUCUCUCAAAUUGGUGGCGUGGGCCUUCAUGGCUCUCCCAAUCCUCGUCAACUUGGCCAAGACUUCCUACGGAACAACCCAUACGAGAGAGCCUUGAAGAAAGACCUACGAAGGUUCUUUCAGUUAAUACCAAGAAAUCCACGCAAUGGGAUCUAAUCGAUCGAUAUUCUAGUCUUGUGAAGCUGUACCGGGUUACGGCUAUUUGUCAACGAGCAGUCUCUCGUUUCAAAAAAUCUACCGCUAUGUCAUUUUCAGGUCCUCUAACUACGCAAGAGUUAGCGGAAGCAAAAUUCUACUGGGUCAAGGAAAUCCAAAGGUUCUUCUUUCAGAGUGAUCUACAGUUGCUCUUCAAGGGACAACCUCUUUCAAAGUCAAGUCCGCUUGUACGUCUCACACCAUUUAUAGACUCCAAGGGACUUCUGCGGGUCGGAGGUCGUCUUCAAUUCUCUUCUCUUUCUCAAGAUGAAAAGCAUCCACUAAUUUUGCCAAAGGAAUCAGCUCUAACGUUGCUUAUUAUUCGAGAUGCUCACUUGAGGACCUUGCAUGGAGGCACACAGAUUACCUUAUCAUUCUUACGAAGCGAAUAUUGGAUUGUAGGAGGCAGAACCCCGGUCCGAUCUUUCAUUCUCAAAUGUGUUAAGUGUGCCCGCUACAGAUAG